UUUCUAGGGAUCCUCCCCAGUCCCAUCCUCCCAGCCACGCCGCCACUCUACCAAAUCCCCUCGGGAUCCUCUUCUCCUCGUUUUCCUCCACCCACCAACAGGAGCCCGAGCCCCUUCUCCCCUUCUCCCCGUGCUCCUCCACCUCGCCUCGUCUCCGGCGAACAGCAAUUGCAGCCCCGCCACCGGCUGACCGAACCAGCAUCCCGCGCCAAGCCACCUGUCCCAGGAACGCGAGCUGCCUCCCGUGCUCGUCCUCCUGUGGAUCCCCUCGAUCCCUGCCUGCCGCGUCUGCCUCCCGCUCCAUCCUCGUCCACCAGCAGCUCCGAACGCCGCAGAUGAGUACAACGCCACCCCUUCCCUUCCUUCUACCUCUGCCUUCCUCCAGCUCUCUCUCCCCCUCAUUUUUCUCUCUCUUUUGUCUCUGUUCCGUAGGAGUUCUCAUCCAUGGCGCCAGGAGAAGAGCGCCCCGACCGCCUCGUAACCAGCUCGCCGGAGCAGAGCUCCUCCUCUGCCACCCUUGCCCGUUCCCAGCCGAAUCCUGUCAGCAGGGCCCCGUCCCCACCUCCGGUGCCCCAAGUUCCGCCGCCGGCGAUAGCAACAGCAGCCUCGCCGUCGCCCUCCUCCUCUCCUCCCGUGCGCGCGUCCCCUCAACCUCGUCGCCCCUGCUCGUCUUCAUCUCGCGCACCGCGUUGCUCCCCUUUCCCAAACCUCUCCUUCGCCCCACACCCCGCCUCAACUCCGGCCGUAUCGGCUCGGUUCCCCGCCUCCCUGCCCGACGCCAUGGAGGGCCGCCGCCCCGCUGCUCCGAGAUCCAAGUCUCGUCGAGCUGUAGCCCGAGCUCGCGCCUGUCCUCGCCGGAGUCCUUCUCCUCGCCGCUGCCUUCGCCAAGUCACUCGCCGGAGCGCUCGCCCCCAAGUUUUGCGCCUCUGCUUCCCCUGCAUCGCCCCUGUCUUCUGCCUCUGUUCGAGAGGAGGCGACUGCAGCGCUCGGCCGUGCGUUGACUGCGCCCGCCUCGCGCGUGGGUCACCUGCUGGACUCCAGAUCUGGCCCAGCCAGCACCCUCCACACCGAGUUGGGCCUUGGCCCAUCUUCGGUUUCGUUCCGGAGUUGUGAGGAUUCGUUCGACUACGUCUGUUUGUCUUCUUCAUGGACUCGUUCUUCUUCCUUGCGGGAUCUCAG